AUGGACCCCGCGUCUGCUAUCGGCCUGGCGGCGGCAACAGCCCAGUUUCUGGGCAUUGCCAUCAAAGCAACUACAUUGUGUAUACAAAUCAGAGACAAUGCUGAUUCAUCCACGGACCUGAAUCGAGAAAUAGAAGAAUCGAUACGCGAUGUAAAAGAAUCCCGACAGCAGCUUUCUGCAAGCUCGUCUAAUCAAACACCACGGCGCAUCACCGACUUGGCCAAUAAAUGCGAGAAUCUGACCGAGGACCUUCUACAGCUCUUGCAACAUGUUCGUGGCGCUGGAAAGAACAUCAGUACGGCUAAGAAAUUAUUUCGGGUCAUGAAAGAGGGUAAGAGAGUUGAGAAACUCAGCAACUUGUUGAAGGAGAAGCAAAGGCUUCUGGAGUCUUUACUUGUUCAGGAUAUAUCGCGCCGCUUUGACCUACAAGCCGUCGAGCAGAGCCAGCGAUCUGCGUUGCUUGAUUCCCGGGGGCAGGAAAUCGUCAGAGAGUUGCUCAAGCAGCAAUCGAACAUCAAUGAUAGCACAAUACGAUUAACACAAGAUAUCGGGUCUCUUGAAGUGGGACUGACUACUCGGCUUGACAAAACUGAUGAUAUUGUGCAGACGCGAUUCGACCAAAUGCAACGAGCAGCCGACACAAGGUCAAAAGAAGCCAAGAUGAAAGCUCAGAGAUCAUCGGAAGAGUUGUGGCGGAGAGAAUGUCAGGAGGAUUUCAAAAGAAGUCUCUUCUUCGCAGAAAUGGGCGAGCGACGUAGCAACAUCAAAGACGCCGCCCCUGGUACUCUUAACUGGAUUUUUAGAUUCGAGGAACACCAUGAAUACAAGUCCGACAGCGACUAUGAAAGCCCGGAUCUCAUCCAAUGGGAUGAUUUCGUGGCAUGGCUUCGUUCUGAGCCUUCGCUUUACUGGGUUUGUGGCAAGCUGGGCUCUGGAAAAUCCACUUUGAUGGCUCAUGUUAUUGACGAUAGCCGUACCCAAACUGGACUUGAGUUAUGGAGCCGAGGUCGACGACUUCAUGUGUUGUCGUUCUUCUUCUGGCGUCCUGGGACAAAGCUUCAAAAGAGCAUACUUGGUCUUCUACAAAGUUUACUCUAUGAAAUCUGUCAAGUUGAAGCUGAAAUCGUAAUUCAGCUAUUAGCUGAAUUGUCCAUUGAUCCGUGGAGAAUACCCACCUGGACUGAGAAAGGUUUAAAGAAAGCGGUAAUAGCAGCAUUUGGAAUAGCUCAAGAUGCGCAGUUCUGCAUUUUCAUCGAUGGACUUGACGAGUUCUUGGGCGACUAUGGCGAGCUAGUGGACUUGAUAUUCGAAAUACAGAGCCUCGAAAACACCAAAAUUUGUGUAGCAAGCCGACCAGAGUUGCAACUAGUCAAGAGGCUCUCAGCAUGCAAGCAGUUGCACCUGCAAGAUCUCAAUCAUAUCGACAUCGCCAAAUAUGUCAGACAAAAGCUCUCCAGCCAUGUUCUGUACUGUGACAGCACAGAACUGAACGGCAUACAAUACAUGAUUAUCAGCCGAGCUGAAGGUGUAUUUCUUUGGGCAGCUCUAGUAACCCAAGCUGUGUUACAAGGCGCCAUAUCUGCCGAUGACGAAAACACUCUUAUACAGCGCCUUGAAAGAGCACCCGAAGGUAUUUGUGAUCUCUUCGAAGAAAUGCUUGGGAAUGUCGAUGAGCUACACAAAACAUCGUUGGCCUUUUAUCUCAAGGUCAUGGAUAUCCCGUGUUUCAAAACUAAUUAUUACUACCAUCCUUUGGAGCAUAUAACUUCCGUCGCCGUCAUAACCGCAGCGAAUAUGAGUGGUCCUAUUACCAUCUCAGAAUCUUUCCUGAAGCUGUGUAAGCAAACGGAAACCCAAGUCGUGGCCCGAAGCGCUGGUCUGUUGGAAUUCCGUACUACACAUACGGCGGAAUUCAGCUACGAGUCGUGGAAGUAUGGUUGCGACUGGUUCAUAUCAACCACUGCAAGCCAACCUGAUAUAUCAAUGCGCAAUCUCUUCAGCCCCUGUUCCCGCAUCAUGUACACAGAGCCUGUGCCAUAUCCCCAAGUACUUUCAUACGAAACAAAAACCCUCCAAUGGGUGCACCGUUCGGCGCACGACUUCAUUUGCAGUUCUCAGACCCUCGAAAAAUUUGGGUUGCAACUGCCAUCCAGUCAAGAAGUCAUCGAAAAGCUUAUAGAGGGAGGAAUGAAAUACUUCGCUGUAGCUCCAUCAUACCAACCCGGCUUCUUCGAUGGGGUGAUAAUAACGUGGUUUCGUCUAGAGUGGUUAUUGAUAGCGUUGAGGAAUUUGGAGAGAAGUGGUUCUUCUGCUGCCCUGGCGGCAACUGAUGCGUUGCAUGCUUUUGUAUGUCAACUAGACCCUCGUGAGCUUCUGCCUUCCGGCCAAGAGGAAAGUGUGUUGCCUGCUGAAUAUAUGUUCUGGGAACUAUGUGGUGUAAACGGCUAUUUGGACUACGUGCAACGCCGACUUCAUAUCAUCCCGCCUCAGCUAUACGCAGUAAUGCUCAAGAUCACUUUGUAUCGUGGUUCCUGGCACAAACCGGCGUAUGAGCUGGCUUCAGAAUUUUCGAGACUGAUGAUUCAGAGCUCCAACCUCGGGAAGCCGAUGUCGCCCACGUCGAAUCGCCACAUCAGAUAUCUAUGUGGUCGACUGGAUCCGUUCCAUGAGAGUAUCUCAUACUCUUGUGUUCCACAUGGUCAACAUAAGAACAUAUCCCGCGCCGAGACGUUAAGCUUAGCAGCAUUCUCGGCAGCCGUUGUAGGGUUUUGGCGUAAUUCUUCGGAUCUGUUUAUCCCGGAAGUACCAAGAUCGUCUGUGGAGAAACGCCGCCGAGAGAAUCAGCUGCUUUAUGCAAACAAAGUUUUGGAUGACAUACAUACGAUAUCAACUGCAGCCAAUCUGUAUAUUGAAAUAGCGCGUUAUGGACGAUUGCGUCUCCAGUUAUCCGUGCUAUUUUUCCAAGACUUGCUCAAAAACAACGGCUUUCUGCACAGGGCACGUUCACCGGAUGUAUGUGCUUUGCGUAUCGUUUGUCUGCCAUGGACUUACUUGGAGACACGCGCAUAUGACAGCAUAUAUCGGGAAGCAAUCCCCAGCUCACUGGUGCCACACAUAUUCGCGGAAGUCAAACCAUUAGUGACGUUGAUGCUUAGCGAGAUUACCACCAGCUAUUCUCUUCAGUUUUUAUGGUUGACCGAAAACGUACUUGAAGAGCAUUCUAAAGAUCUUGAGCCGCAGUUCAUCGCUACAAAAUUUGAAGCCAAGCGAUGUCAGAAAUUGAUCAUCGGUGAUGUGUGCGCCAACGACCAACACCUGAACGCUACAGAACAACUAUACGCUCGCGUCUGUACUCGUUUAUACUUACACCAUCUAUUAGAGUCUAUUUGGAUCAACAAAAAGAAUUCACUGAGGUGUAAGAGAGGUUCUACCAGUGGAAGCUUUUUAGAUGACGAAGAAAGUUCCUCGAGUGAUGAGGAAGGUUUUGCGGAUAACGGAGAAGAUUUGACGGAGGGCCAAGAGAAACGUAGAGAAGAACAAGCGGCGAGCAUAGACAGUAUCUCCCAGGAAGAAGCGUUAGAUGAUUCAGAAUGGGUCACGGAUAAAUAUGAAGAUACGGACUCGGAUUAG